UUUUUUUUUUUUUAACUAAUAUCGGUAUUUUGGUUAAGAGUAAAUGCUUUGAAUUUUUUUUCCCCUCUUAUUUUAAUUUUUCUCUUAAAUGGGUCAGUUUCAGUUUAAUAUUAUUAAAACUUCAUCUUUCUUAAAGCUGUAAUUUUGUUAUAUGUUUUCUUGUCUAUGGAGCUGGAUUUGUUUAGGGGAAAGCUUAAUUUCUUUUUAAAAGUUUCAUCUUUAGUGCACAUAUUGUGGUGUUUGUGUUUUGACUGCAUUGCAUUUCAGUGUUCCCAGAUCAAUUGGACUUUUACUCAUUGUAGGAAUGAAGUAGAUGCUCAUCAUGCAAUGGACUUGUGCUGUGGCCUUAUUCUUCCUCAGUCCUCAGACUUUGGUCCUCUAUUUACUGGGAAUUUUCUCGGUUUAUGACAAGACUCGUUUUUAUGAGUUCUUUACUUCAAUCCAUGCUCUUUUAAUUUGUUACUCGCUAACCGUAGUGCUAAAUAUUCUUUACCUUCACUGUCCAGAGUUAUCUGAAGAAGAAUCUAAAUAUGAAUUUGACUAUGAGGUGCUAUCUGGGGUUUCAGCUCAACCAUGGGAUGACACAGAACAGUGUCUUUCUGCAAGUGGAACAAAUCCAUUUCCAGAUGCACGUCCAUCUGUUACUCAGAACAAUCAUGUCAGGGAGAGCAAACAAGAGGAUGUAACCAGUUGCAACAAGGAAAAGCCCCAGUACCCAGUAUUGAUGUCCAAGUUAGUGGAUAAAGUAAGUGAGGGAGUGGUACCUAACGCUCGAGGACCUGGCAAAGCCUCAAAAUCGGAUGAACUUGUACCUAAUGACUUUGACGAUUUGGAACAAUUGAUGUCUGGGAUAAAAACAUUCGUGCCAACUUGAGGUUGAUGCCAGAUUUUCAGAGAAGGGAAAUGGCUGCAAAGAUGGCCUUCAAAAUGGCUGCCGUGUUUGGAGGUGGCAGUGAUGAUGAAGAGGGAAGAAUUUGCUUGAUCAAAGGGGAGAUUACUACUGAGUAAGAACUAUAAGUUGAAUCCCCUCCCAAGCCUCACAACCUGUAUUUUUGAAGGUAAAUGGGCCAUUGCUGCCACUCUUACUAUAGGAGUUCAAUGUAAAAUUUCGCUGCCUUCAGCUUUUCAAUUGCUCAUGAGGAUUCAGUCCCUGUGUGGAUUCCUGCAUACGCUCAUUUAUGCAUACAACUGACUGGGCAAACCCCUAUUUCUGUCUCAAGGGUGAAAGUGACUGCGUUAAACUAUGAGUUGUCAUGGUGUAUGAUGAUAGAUUUGGAGAUUGAUGUACUGAUAUUUGAUCAAAGAAGCCCCAUCUACCUACCCCCCAUCAGUUGUCAUGACAACCAGAUGCAGUGUAGUGAAAGAGAUUCUAGAAAAUGUAGGCCCUGAAAGAGAUGAAGUCCAAUCUUAAAUCUCCCACGGCUUUUUCAUUCUUAUUGCAUGUGUUCUUAGCACUUUGUUAUUAAGCAAUUUAAGUUGUUAUGCUUCAUUAUCGUACGACACCCACUUUAGGUUUGGUGGGUGUAUAGACACUUUUGACGGUCAUCCUUUUUUCAAGUCAAGUUGGAAAUGAAUUUUCGUACCUGUA